CAAAUGGCUGAGCUGGUGUAAAAAACUGCACACACAACCAUGACGAAUUAAGGCUCAAAUUUGCUGGAAAAGAGCAGUUAUUAGUUGAUAGUUGAGCUCUGAGAUUGCCGAAGUAAUGUUUAAUAAUGUGGUGUUUUAUCAGCGAGUCGCCAUAUAAUGUGCGGGAGUAUCACCUUCCCAAGUUUUCUAAUGGACAAGUCUUGAUGGAUAAGGUUUGCGAUGAUGUCGGCCUUGUUGAACGAGAAUACUUUGGGUUGCGAUACCGCUCCAAGAAAGGAGAUUUGCUGUGGUUGAAUCUGAGGAAUCCGCUGAAUCUGCAGCUGAGUACGAGAAAGUCACAUCACAGACUGAGUCUCCAGGUCAAGUUCUUUGUCACACCACAGGAGCUUCAGCAAAGCAUCAGCAAGCACUUGUACUACAUGACACUGAAGAACAGAUUACUGCUGAGCCACUACAGAGUGGAAGAUGAUGAGAAACUGCAGCUGUGCGUCUUGAUGGUCCAUGCCGAGUUGGGCAACGAGGGCGCUGUUCUAGAUUCGCAGUAUCAGUGCAUCUUGCCUGAACUGAGCGAGUCCAGACUCAUACAGGUACGAGAGGCCCAUAAGAACGACGAAAACGAAGAACCGGUCACAAAGUCCCAGGCUGAAAUCCAGUUCAUCAAUAAGAUUAGCAAGCUGCAGGGGUAUGGUGUGGAGUAUUUCUCAGCCGAGACCAUGGACAGGACGAGUGUCGUCAUCGGGGUACACAGCGAAGGGCUCCAGAUAUUGAGCAAAGAGAGGGAUAUUAUGGACAACAUCAAAUUUGAAGACAUCAGCAAGGUAUCGUACCACCAGAAUCGUUUCUCUGUGCACUUCUACUCCACAUCAACGGAGACGGAGGAGACUGACGUAGUCUCUGUCCGGAAGUUCCGUCUCACAUCCAGAAAAAGUGCCCAGGCCCUCUUCCGUGCCUUCACUGAGUCUCACACAUUUUUCAGGUGUGAGAAUGUAGAGAGGGUAGUGCGUCAACAGCACUCCCAUACCGGCUGGGGCUCCCUCUUUGCCCUGGUCAGGCCAGACACAGACUACGGUAAGAUCUAUCGAUUUGACGUCACCAAGACGAGACGCCAGACUUAUGACAACGCAUGGCAUCAUCUCCACCAUGACAGUAGUCCACCCCCGCAACGCUUCUCAGUGGAUCUGGACGCUCAUCUCGCCAGCAAUCAGCCCUACUCAACCCAGACUCUACGAAGUACGCACUCCCAAGAGAUAAUGCUGAGUAGACAGCCGUCCCGCGUCGGUGAUCUUCGUAUGCCCCAAAUCAAAGCACACAGGGAGGUUAACAACUCGGAUGGAACUGCAGCAGAAGAGACUGAGGGAACAAAGGAGGGAAAUAAAGAGGGUCCAAGUAGAACCAAGAGAUCGUCAGAGGCUGAACUCGUCAACUGCCUCCAGGACGAGUUAGCCAACAUCCGUGACUCGCAUCUCUGCCAAGUGUGUCUGGAACGUGACAUGUCCACCGUCUUCUGCCCGUGUGGUCACAUGAUCUGCUGCGAGCGUUGUUCCCCCGAGUGCUUCCGCUGUCCUAUCUGCCGAGCUGACGUAACCUACAUUCAAAGAGUCUUCUUCUCUUGAAAUGGUGGGUUCUGCUUUGUCUUGAGCCCUGGCCCCAAUUUCAUAGAGCUGUUUUAUAUCCCGUUCACACUGCUUGUACGAUUGUGGGGAGUUUUCGUUUUCGACGACGGAUGGUUCUGCGACGGUUUCUCAGCCAACCGUUGUCGUUUU